AUGGGUUUAUUACAUACAAUUUUCAGUAGUGUUAAACCUACUGAUAUUUUUAUUGGAUUACUAUCUCUAAUUUGUUUAUAUGUAACCCAUUUCUAUUAUAAACACUUUACUCGUAUUAAUCCAUUUCCUGGUCCAAUCCCAAUUCCGUUAAUAGGUAGUUUUGCAAUUUUUAUAGAGGACAUCGACGAUUGGUUUCAUAAAUUAAAUAAAAUUUACGGACAUAACGGCGUAUAUGAAUUGAAUAUUGCUGGCAAUAGACAAAUUGUUAUUACUCGCGCCGAAUAUAUUGAUAAAUUGGUGAAUGAUACUUCAGCGCAUGUCAUGAGAACCGCAAAUAAUGGCCUAUUGGAUUUAUUUGAUCUUGAUAAUAAAGGGGUAGGAUUGAAUCAUGAUUACAACCAUUGGAAAUUCAAUCGUCAUCUCUUUUCGCAGGCCAUUAUGCCAUUAAGUUUAACCGAAAAACCUAGCAACAUUUUAAAUCCACUGUUUGAAGAAAUGGCAAAAUAUUGGAUCGAUUUAAAGCAACAAGAUGAUGAUGGAACCAUCAUCGACAUGGCCACUUGGAUGCGUCGUUUUACGGCGGAUUUUAUAUCUUUGUUGACAACUGGGAAACGAAUUUCUGUCAUGCAUCAUUAUUGUCAGAAAUUAAAGAACGAACCAAUCACCAAAGAGAUGAUCGAUUCUGAAGAGUUUAUUGAAGGCAUAAAUACUUUUGUAUCAGAUAAUCAAAUUAUAUUUGUACCAAAAAUUUUAAGAGGUUUACCUUUGAUUAGACCUCGUGUAGAUCAUUUGCUAGAUAAUUGUAAUCGAUUUUAUGGUAAAUUGGUGGACAUUAUCAGGAAAAGGAGAAAAGAAAUUGAAGAAACCAUAACGCGUGGUGACUUUGACACAAAACGGUUGGAUUUGCUAACAUCUUUAAUCAUUGCUAAUACCCAAUACGAUCCUCAUCCUCAAAAACAUGUUGAUCCAUCAUUAUCAAGACCAAUGACUGAUGAUGAAAUCCGUGGUGUCAUGUUUGACGCGUUUGUUGCCGGUACAGAUACAACCGUAAAUACUUUUUGUUUCGCAUUAUAUUACAUCACACAUCACCCAAAUGUUAAAAAAAAAUUGUUGGAAGAGAUUGAAUCGGUUUUUAGAGAUGAUCCAACCAGGCCGAUAACAUUAGAAGAUCUUGAAAAAUUAAAAUACUGUGAAGCGAUAAUUAAAGAAACAUCAAGAAUAAGACCUACAGUUAGCAUGAUUUCAAGAUAUAGUAAUCAACCUGACGAAAUAGCAGGACACAAAUGGCCAGCCAACACAUUAUUUAUAAUGUACGUUCGUGGAAUCAACAACAACCCACUUUAUUGGAAGGAUCCUGAAAAAUUCAUUCCGGAAAGAUUUUAUAAGACUCAAGAGAUACAUAGAAAUUCUUUUUCAAUGUUUGGUGGAGGUUCGAGAAUGUGUCUAGGUAGAAAGGUUGCAAUCAUCGAAUUGAAGACAUUGUUGACCUCACUUUAUAGAAAGUUUGAUGUUGAAUUGGUAGAUAUGAAAGCACCCCUUAAAGUCGAAACUUCAACAAUUACAGUUUGUAAAGAAUUAAACGUCAAAAUCAUUCCUAAGGAAAAAAAUCAGGCCAAAAACUGA